GUUGUUGUGGUUGCAAUUUCUCUUCUCAAUUUCCACGCCAUUCUUCACUGUAGACUGCCUACAAAUUUGUCUGCUUUACGAUCUCCCUCUCCCUCUCCCUCUCCCUCUCUUUCUCUUGUGGAAAGUCAGUGCUUUCCUACCGCGAGAUUUAAGCUUCUGUGAAGGAAAUUGUGGCUAGUUUCACUUCAUUGGUGUGUUGAUCAUAUUAUGGCACUUAAUGCAAGCAAGGUUUCAGGCUGUCCUGCAGUGACUAAUUCAAAAACGAUUCCUAACUCAUAUGGAGUUUUAAAUUCGUUUUCCAAGUCGAUGCAACGACAUAACCUUCAUUAUCCAAGUCAAGGGGUUGAACAGAGGCAGCUAAAUUGUGCACGUAUCGGUUCAGAAAAAAUGAGCUUUUCUAAUGAUGGUUUGAAGCGUAUAUUGGGUAAACCAGUUAAUUUUACUGCCUCUCAGAGAUCUACUGUCUUAAACCUGUCAGGGGGCAAUCAUAAUACCAAAGAAAAAGAACGCAUUGUAACUUAUGGUGAUUCGGCAAAGGAGACUAGUUCACAGAUUAGGGAUGACAAAGAUGGGGGCCCUCCUGUGUUUUCUGAGAGAACCACUCACUCCAAUCAGGGUUUAGCUGAAGCUUGCAAAUUUGUUUACAAUGACGCGAAGUUUGUUAAUGAAAGGGCACGCAAUGACAUUAUUCUGCUUUCUCGUGGUAUAAUGAGGUUGGAUGCCCGUGUGCGUCAAGACAUUGCUAUUCUUGGGUCGGGGUUUCUUAAGCUGGAUGCACGGGCAAGAGAGGAUACUCAGAAAAUUGACCGUAAUGUGAAGAAGAAGGCCGAGCGCCUUCAUCAUAUUGCUAUGAUCUUGAAAGAAAAAGCCGAGUCUAGAUUGAAAACUGCUGCUGAUAAGCAUUGGAGUGAUGGAGCCUUAGAGGCUGAUUUGCGCCGUGCUAACCUCCGUGCGAAACAAUGUGCAAUGGAAGAUGCCCUAAUGGCUUUGGAGUUUGUCAAAAAUAUUCAUGACAGGAUGGUGAACAAAUUGUACAAUUUUCCUCUGCAAAGAGAAAAUGGUGUUAUAUCAGAAAAUGACAUACUGGGGCGUAUAAUGCUUGAAAAGAAUGGGAGAAGUCUUGAUUUCCCUCCUGGAGAAGUAUCUACUGAUCGCAUUACUGCAAUUCAGGAAGCUUACUGGAGUAUGGCUUCUGCCUUCUUUGAAGCUGAUGGAAUUGAUUAUACUGAUCCUGAAGAGCUCGAGCUGUUAAUUGCGACUCUAAUUGAUCUCGAUGCAAUGGAUGGUAAAAGUAGUGUAUCGUUAUUGGCGGAGUGUUCAAGUUCUCCUGAUGUCAACACCAGGCAAGCAGUGGCCAAUGCUUUAGCUGCAGCUCCAUCUAUGUGGACUCUUGGUAAUGCAGGAAUGGGAGCAUUACAGAGACUCGCAGAAGAUAGCAAUCCAGCAAUUGCUGCCGCAGCCUCUAAAGCAAUCUUUGAACUUAAGAAACAAUGGAAGAUUGAGGAAGGAGAUAGCUGGAGGUUUACGAUGAACCAAAAUGCCAUUCAAGAAGAUGAAAGCCAAGAAUCCGACGACAAUGCAGAUACAGAUGGACAUACAACUGUAGAGGUAGCCAAACCCGGUUUCAACUUUUCACCAAGGGACGUGUCCGCACACUCUUUUUCUCCAUACAAUAUGUUUAUUUCUAGCCUUUGGAUUGAAGAAAUCAAUGAAUUAAGAGAAAGAAGCAGUGUGUGGAAGGAGAAAAAGAGUUGGGUAAUCAUUUCCAUUACAAAUGGUUACAACAACAAAUUAAGGGUAGGAAAUCCAUGGAUUCUAUCGUCAUGGUCUACAGGUUGGCGGGUUUGCACAUGAAUUGUGACUUGUGAGGUCUCUAGCCAGUUCAAAAGUAUGGAGGACAUUUGCAAUAAAACCUUCGACAUGUUUUAUUUCAAGAGACAAGAGAACCCAUAUCCCACUAUAACAUGUGGGUCUACUAGUUUCUUAAGUGUUGUUUGUACUUUUAUCUAUUAGGGGUAAUUUCAUGUUUCCGGUAACGAAUUCAAUGAUUCAAGUGUUAGUCGAACUCUAGACCUCUUGAUCUUUUGUAUUUUAUUGUACUACAAAGCCAACAAAUUACCAAAAAAAAAAAAAAAAAAAAAACAGAUAUUUAUUAGGGUGUUAGGUAACUCUCAACUUUUUCUUUUCGACUUCUUUUUCAUUUUGUUUUAUUUUUUGUUAUAGUACAUUCGAGAAAUAAUAAUCGCACACCCUAUUAUUCCUUGUA